AUGGUUGUCUUUGAUGAAGAGGGGGAUACAAUUCAAUACUCUAUUAAAGGCAUAUUUGUUCCUAUCUUCGAGGGCCUACUCGCUGAGGGCAACGUGUACGUGGUCACUAAUUUCACAAUUUCUUUGAAUACCAUCAAGUUCAAGCCUACUAGACACGAAUUUAGAAUCAACUUCAAGAGGGACACGAAUGUGCGUCCGGUACAAGACUCUUCAGUUUCAUUGAACGGAUUCAAUUUUGUUCUGUUCAAAAAAAUUCAUGCAGAGUCUAAAGAAGAUGGUUAUUUAGUUGAUGUGAUAGGUCGACUUGCCUCUAAGGGUAACUUGGUCGAGUUCACACGGGACGGGAAGCCGUCAAGUUAUAUCACGAUAGAACUUGAUGAUCUUGAGGGUGGACAGAAAUUAAGGGUAAUGUUGUGGCAGACUUUGGCUUUUAACUUGAUCAAAUAUUUGGAGGAACACCCAUGUCUUACCUAUGUGGUUAUUCUCCAAAUGGGCAAGAUGAAAUUUUAUAGUGGGGUCAUGGGUGUUUCCAACAUAAUCUACAAUUCGAAACUAUUUAUCAAUGUUGAGUUUCCUGCUGCCAGGAAUUUCUUUACAAGGGUGAACAAAUUGGAUCAUGUUGACGGACAAAGCAUAAUGCUGCUGGUCUGUGAUCAACCUGUUUCAAUUGAGGAAGAUUUUUUGCGUCUGUCAGUCUACAAAACAAUUGCCGAGAUAAAGGAGCAUAAUCAGAUCAUAAUCUCAAUUGUUGUGUUGUGCCCUUUGACAAAUGGAUUUUUUGCCGGUGUAGAAAUUAUCAAAUGA